AUGGGGAAGCCGACGGCUACGCAGCAAGCGAUGGUGGUGUUCGGAGCCCUAGCAGUUGGAUGGCUGGCCAUAGAGAUGGCUUUCAAGCCCUGGCUUGACAAGGCUCGUGCCGCCAUGGACAAGUCUGACCCUGCUCGCGACCCCGACGAAGACGACGUCGUCAAGGCUGCCGAGACCGCUGCUGAUGAAUGA